UAUGGAAAUAUCAAAAAUGGAUCCAAAAGAAAAUAAAAGAAAUUUAUGGAAGAAACAUGUUACAAUUUCUACUAUUAGUUCAAUUUCUGAAUCAGCAGAAGAGGCAGAUAAAAAAAUAGUUCAUAUAAAAGAUUUAGAAAAAAGAAAACAAGUGUAUGGAAUAUGUGGGGAAUGUAACGAACCUGGUACAGGUGAAAAAUGGUGUCAACCUUGUAAUGCUAAAAGAUUUAAGGAUAACUUUAAAAAUUGGACUAGUGGAAACAAAGAUAUUGAUGAAUUUAUACAGCAAUCACAACUCAAUGCUGUGCAUCAUAAAAAAUAUCUUGAAUGGGUACCUUUUGAAAAUUUUAAAGAUAUUACUUAUAUUACCAGAGGUGGAUUUGGUAAAAUUUAUUCAGCCGAAUGGCCUGAAGGAUAUAUUACUUCUUGGGAUAUUGAAAAUCAAAAAUGGAAAAGGGAUAAAAAUGUGGAAAAAGUUGCAUUAAAAAGUUUGGAUAACUCAUCUUGUAUAAGUACAGAAUUUUUAAAUGAGAUUAAAACUCAUCUUCAGAUUUAUCUCUAUGAUAUCAUUCAAUGUUACGGAAUAACUCAAGAUCCAAAUACCAAAGAUUAUAUGAUGGUUUUGAAAUAUUGUAAAGGCGGAAAUCUGAGAAAUUACUAUCUGAAUUAUGAACCAAAUUAUUAUUCAAAAAUUGGAAAUUUAAUACGAAUUACAAAUGGACUUCUAGAUAUCCAUAAUGCUGGAAAAGUUCAUAAAGAUUUACAUUCAGGAAAUAUAUUAUUUACUUCAUAUCCUUAUAUAAGUGAUUUGGGAAUGUGCCAACCAGUAAAUAAUGGGAGUCAAUCAGCAAAAAAAGAAGGAAUUUAUGGAGUAUUACCUUAUAUGGCACCAGAAGUUUUACGUGGAUAUCAGUAUACAAAAGCAUCUGAUAUUUAUUCAUUUGGAAUAAUGAUGAAUGAAUAUAUCUAA